AUGGAAGUUAACAAGAUGAAUGACAUUGAUAAUAAUGAUCUUCCUAUUAUUCGCGUAGCUGGCGUACCUGAACAUUUUAAUGAACCAUGGAGAAUAGGAUUAGAAAAAAAUUUAUUUAAAAAUGAAGGUAUUGAUAUUGAAUGGUAUUCAGUAAAAGAAGGUACAGGUUCUAUGAUUAAUAAAUUAAAAUCAAAUGAAGUUGAUGUUAUUGUUGCAUUAACUGAAGGUUUAAUUAAUGAUAUUGCAAAUGGUUCUGAUAUUCGUCUUCUUGGUACAUAUGUUCAAUCACCAUUAGUAUGGUCUGUUAGUACAGGUGCUAAUUCAAUUUAUAAUUCAAUUGAAGAUUUAAAAGGUGAAAAAUUUGGUAUAAGUAGAUAUCAAAGUGGUUCACAUUUAAUGAGUUGUGUUCUUGCUAAUCAAUAUGGUUGGAAACAAUCCGAUUUAGAAUUUAUUGUUUGUCAUAAUUUUGAUAAUUUAAGAAAAUCAGUUAAUGAUAACACAACAGCAGCUUUUAUUUGGGAAUAUUUUAUGCAAAAACCAUAUUAUGAUAAAGGAGAAAUUCGUCGAAUUGGACAAAUAAUAACACCAUGGCCUUGUUUUAUGAUUGCUUCAACAACACAUUUAAUUAGUAAACAUUUAAAUGAUAUUAAAAAAAUGUUUAUUGCUUUAGAAAAAGCUUGUUUAUUAUUUCAAACAAAUUCAAUUGAUUCAAUAAAAAGAAUUUCAAUAAAUUAUGGUUUAAAUGAAGAAGAUGCUAAAGCUUGGUUUGAUAAAGUUAUUAUUACUCCAACAAAUACAAUAUCAGAAUCAACUAUUGAAACUACACUUGAUGCACUUAAAACUGCUCAUUUAUUAAAUAAUGAAAAUGCAAUAUCUGAUCCAAUUAGAUUUAUUGAUACAAGAUUUACUAAAUUAACAGUUGAUAUUAAAUCAAUGCGUCUUUAUAAUAAACCAGAAUUAUUAAUAACAUUAAGAAAUAAUUUACGUGUUGCUGGAAUUUCAAAAGGACCUAUAUCUUAUAUUGAUUUACUUCCAUAUGAUCAAAAUCAUUAUUAUGGUACACAAGUUUUAGAUUUAGCUGUUAAUGAACUUAAACUUAAUCAAUAUGAUCAAAAUUCAAAUUGGUUUAUUCAAAUCGGUUCGAAUUUAGCUGGUUGUGCAAGAUAUUUAGCUGGAAAAUAUCAAUUAAAAGUAUUAGCUAUUGAAUUACAAAAUGAUCUUUCACAAACAGCAAGUGAAUUAACUGAACGAUGCAGAUUAUCUAAUUAUGUACAUCAUAUAGCUGGAAAUUUUUUAAAUGUUGCUGAACAUUUACAAGAAAAUUUUUAUUAUGGUAUUCUUAGUUGGAUAACUAUUUUACAUUUUAAUCAAAAUGAAAGAAUUCGUUUAAUUGAUCAAUCUUAUCGUUUACUAAAAGAAAAUGGAUUUUUUUAUUUGGAAGAUUUUAUUCGUAUUGGAAAUAUUAGUUAUGAUGAAUCAAUCAUUUUAGAACAUGAUCUUUAUUGUAAAUAUUUACCAACAAUAGAUGAAUAUAAAUCAGUAUUAAUUCAAGGAAAAUUUCAAAUAAUUAAAGUUGUUGAUUUAAGUGAUGAUUGGAGAAUAUUUACUAGUGAAAGAUUAGAAAAUUUUCGUCAAAAUAAAGAAGAAUUAUUAAAAAUUCAUGGAGAAGAUAUUUAUAAUCGUUUAGAAUAUUUUUAUGCAUCUGUUGCGAAACUUUUCCUCGGAAAAAAUGUUGGAGGUGUUAGAAUUAUUGCUAAAAAAUAA